UGUUACGCUGUCUCACUCGCCCAGAGUGGCGUAGCAAACAUGCAUACGUAACAAAUACCAAAUCCAGCUAGGCGGAACGGACAUUCCUCACGAAUAUCGACAGCUGUGCAUGUAUGUACGUACUAACUGGAAAGAGAAGCUAUGACAAGGAAAGGAAGACCUGCCAUUCCCACUGUGUGUCCCAAGAGUGUCUGGCAGAGAACCCUCAACAGCAGGGCCAGGCUGAGUUUGGACAGCGAGGAGGAGCCACUGAGACCCAGGUCUGCCACGCCUUCACAGCCACCUGAAAGCUACCUGCAGGCCCGGUCGAGGCGCAGCCUGUUGGUGCGGUCUGCCUCUGCUGGGCCGUGGACUGCACACACUGUUGCCUAUGGCUCACGACGCCCGGGCCGCAGCCUCACCAGGGACACAAGCAGUAAGAAGCGUGAGUCGCCUCCACCAAGCGCUGGAAGGAGCCGCUGGUGUUGGUGUGGUGUGGCACUGGUCUCCAUCCUCGUCGCUGUUGCGUCGUUUUCACCUUAUCUGCCCACGGACUUAUCGUUCCUAAUAGCUAAUAAGGAGUUGUCAUGUAGGGAGAGAAGGGAUGCAGAGUUUCCCAUUACUGAGCUCAAGAAUCAACUUAAGAAAAAUGUCGUCGGUCAGAACUUAGCCAUAGAGUCGCUAAUUCAAAACCUGAGGACGUUUGCGGCCUCAAGGGCAGAGCGGCCAUUUGUGCUGUGGCUGUCUGGCUGGGAGGGAAGUGGCAAGACUCUCACCAUCAACAUCAUUAAGGGCACACUGCCAAAGGAGUUCAGAGUGCAGACAGUCCUUGCUCAGCUGUUGCCUGGCAGUGCUUACAACCUGCAGGAGAAGGCCAUGGGUCUGGUGCAGGGCCUGGAGCCAUGCGCACCGAACCUCCUGGUGAUAGAUGGGUGGGAUGGGGAGUCACGCUUGCCCUUGGCCAUCCUGGAGCAGUUUCUGAAAAGCCUCCAUCUCCCUGAGGCCGCCACACAGAAUUCCAGUCGUGUGCUGGUUGUUUUGAGUGGGACGAGAGGAGGCAGAGACGUGUGGCAACACUUUCUUGACCUGCAAAGAGAAGAAGGAGUAGAGACAAACUUCCUCGAGCACGACUUCACCAACUUGAGUCUGAAGCUGCAGAACACACACUACCUGGCCUCGGUCACCAGCAAUGUGGCCCUGGUGCCGUUCCUGCCCAUGGACUCAGCGCAGAUCAAGUCCUGUGUGAUGAGGGAGCUGCUGAGGAUGCAGAGGGAGGACGUGGUGAUAGAUGAGGCAGCACUGGCCAGGGUCAUGAAGGAGGUCUUGGCUCACACCGAGUUUGUGCCUGGCUCUGAUCCCCCACUAGCUAUCCAUGGAUGUAAGAGGGUGCCGGCACUACUGGUUCUCGUCCUGUCUGGCUCUCUAGAUGACUUGAGGCUGUGAUGUGUGAGUGUGUGUGUGUGUGUAUUUUUGUGGGUUGUCAAGCUCAUAAUGUCCCAUCUUUUAAUACCAAGUUGUAGUAUACAUGCAUAUUUUUUAUUUGUAUUGAUGUGUGUGUGUGUGUGUGUGUGUGUGUGUGUGUGUGUGUGUGUGUGUGUAUGUGUAUGUGUUGAAGGGUGUGGGUGUGUGUACGUAUAUAAAGUGCAGUAGAAUCCUCUGUUAUCCUUUCUGGUGUAUGCAUUCGUGAAAUCAAACAUAGGGCAGGAAAAUGGUAUUGUUGGAAUGUGUAUUUCAAAAUUGAUAAAAAAGACUAAUGAAUGAAAAAAAAUAUAAAUAAAUAAAUAAAUAAGACUCAGAACA